AUGUCGGCCAUGCUGUCCCUGGAUGUUCUGGGCGUCAACGUCACCCCACUGGUUGCCGGCCUCGGCCUCGGCGGCCUGGCGGUGGCGUUGGCGCUGCAGCCCACUCUCAGCAACCUUUUCGCCGGCACUUACGUAAUAACCGAGGGCGUCGUCAGUGUCGGCGACUACAUCGAAAUGGAGGACGGUGUGACGGGAUACGUGGUGGACGUAAAUUGGCGCAGUACCCGUCUCCGGACCUGGACCAACAACCUGGUAAUCAUACCCAACUCCCGUUUCGCCGAAACAAUCAUCACCAACUACAACAGCCGGAUGAGCCCGUCACGUGUACCUGACCUGCGGCGUGGCUACGAGAGCGACCUGCAUCGCGUCGAGCAGGUGAGCCAUGAGGUGAUGGACCGGGUGGCUGGCCGAGCAUCCGGGAUCGGUGCGGGAUUACGGGCCUAUUUUGGCUAUUGCGACGUUCGGGGAGAGCACGUGGACUUCUGGCUGUUCGUGCAGGCGAAGGAUCGGCUGCGAGUUUUGAAGUGCGCAGCGAGCUGA